GAUACAUCAAACGCCCUGAUGACUCUUCGUGAUGAAAAAUCACGUCGCAAAGUCAUCCGCGAUCACUAUCCACAAUCUCUAUUCAAAGCACCCAUCAAGAUGCCAAAGCUUGGCUCAUUGGAGUUCACGCUGAAGGACUCGCUCAGCCUCGAUGACCGCGAAUGGAUCUUCGAGCUGGAAGGGCUGCCCAGUGAGCAGAUGCUCAACGAAGAAAAGCUGGUCAAGUCCAUCGCUCUGGUCACGAGAGAGACCAACCAAAGAAUGGUACUCCGUUUUGUCACACAAGAAGCUACUCGCGCCACGGGUGUUCACCCAUUGGACAAGUUCAUCAUGUUAUCCGUGGCCGACUUUCGUCCUCCUCCGGGACUGAAGAGCGAACUCACUGGCACUCGUCCGUCAACAUUCUGGGAGCACACCGAUUAUGUGGUUCGCUUGCUACGGGCUGGUGUCACGCUGCAAGGAGAAUCAUACCAUUUCUAUGGGCACAGCAAUAGUCAGCUGAAAUCCAGGACCUGCUUCAUGUUCGAAGCGUCCAAAGACGACAUCAGUAAGAUGGUCGAAUCGCUCGGGGACUUUACCAAGAUGAAGACGGUCGCCAAGAAGGCCAAACGAAUCGGCCUCCUGUUCUCCGCUGCAGGAUGAAGUCGGUGAAUCUGGAUGGCGUAGCUCUUGACACUCUGGAGCUCUUACUCUCUCGCGAUGACCUAGCCACCACCGAGUUUGAGCUUCUUGAAAUGACUGCGCGCUGGUGUCGCAGAAAUGGAUCAUAUCUGGCUGACUUCUUACCUUACUUCGACAUGAACUCUCUGUCGACUGAGCAGAAGCACUGGAUCCUCUCUGCAGUGCUACAACUUCAGUGGCUGCCUAGCAUCGUUCUCAAUGGUCUAUGCUCAUCCAAUAUAUUAUCGCA